CUCGUGUUGUAGCCCGGUCGCUUCUAGGAGUUAAAAUCUUUCAGGCAAUAUACCUAUAUACACUAAAGAACCAGAUAUGUCCGGAUUGAAAAAAGGAGCCCCCGCAAAAGAUGAUCCCAAAAAGACAGAAGAGGAGAACCCUACUGAACAAAAACGAAGCCAACGUGCAGCUUCAAAUGUGUUUGCUAUGUUCCGCCCAAAUCAAGUGCAGGAAUUUAAAGAGGCUUUUACUAUGAUUGAUCAGAACCGAGAUGGUGUUAUUGAUCUUGAAGACCUCAAGGAUAUGUACUCAAAUUUAGGCCGAAUUCCCCCAGAUUCAGAAUUAAACGAAAUGUUGAAAGAAGCUCCCGGAACUCUCAACUUCACAACGUUCCUCAACUUGUUUGGUGAAAAGAUGGGCGGAACAGACCCAGAAAAUACGAUCGUUGAUGCUUUCGCCAUGUUUGAUGAUGAUGGCAAGGGAUGGUUACCAGAAGACUAUGUGAAAGAUUUACUGGAAAAUAUGGGUGAUAACUUCACAAAAGAUGAGAUUAAACAAACGUGGAAGGAAGCACCAAUAGAAAAGGGCAAAUUCGAUUAUAAAUCUUUCACUGGUUUGAUCAAGGGUAAACAGUCAGAAGAGGAAAUAGCUGCAUAAAAGACAAAGUCCAUCCAUAAACUUUACACACAUUAAUUAACCACCCCCGACGCUGGCGUGUAACUUUUGAGUAAAGCAUACUGUCAGGGAAGAAUUCACAAGGAUUAUGAUAUAUAAAGUCUGAUCUGGUGUUGUCUAUUGUGAGAGCAUUGUGUGAUCUCUCUAGAUUUUAAAAGCGCUAAAAUGCAGUAAGCAAGUACCAUCAGA